CUCUCUCUCUCUCUCUCUCUCUCCCUCUCUAAAACCCAUAAAUUUUUCUCACUUUCUAUCUCCCCCCUCUUUCUUGGACUAUUUCUCAUCCAAGAAACACGCGUGAACCCUUGAAAGUUUUCUUCUUUUUGGCUCAAACCCAAAUUAUACACUUCCAUAUCUAUCACAGUUGAGGAUGUUUCAUUCAUCGAUUCAAAAAAAUUCAGCAAAAUCCGAGGUUCUAAGUGAGCACUUUGUCUGUCCAUAUCUUUUUUUGUUAAUCAAAUUGUUUCUUUUGAUUCAUCACUGUUCUUUCAAUUUUGUGAUCCGAUUUGAUCUGAUUUUCCAAUUUUGUUUAUUCAACCAGAUCUGAUUCUUUGUUGUUUAUUAAGAAACUGUUCUAUUUAAUUUUUUGUUCACUGUAUUUUUCUCCUUUUGGGGGUUUGAUGAGAAAAAGUAGAGUUUUUGGUUGAUCAAUUAGAAUCAUCGGUUUGUUUCUUACUCUAAUAUUGUAAUUGGGUUAUUUGGUUUUGAUGAGAUCAUGUUUGUGCUAGUAUUUGACUGAAUUGAGAUUGGGUUCUAGUUCUAGUUCUAGUUCUAGUUUCACAUCUUUAUUAGUAUGGACUAAUCAGUACAUGCCAAACAACAUGAGAGGGUCUUAGAGGAAGAAGCAGUGGGGAUUCUGUAAAAUUUUGUUUGAAUUUGCUGGGUUUUCUGGGCUGGAGAAACUUUUCCUGUCAAGUUUAAUUCACCUGUUGUCUUGUAUCUCUCAAUCUUCUUGUUCUAGGCAGUAAUUUAGAUUGGGGGGUGUGAAUUAAUUUGUGCCUCCGAUUCCCCUUUCGAAUUGGGUUUGCUCAAAACCGUCUAUUUCUUGUUAAUCCCAGUCAGUGUCCAAAUUUCGAUUGGAUAAGUCCUCAAUCUGAAAAUUGUCUGUUGAACUCCUUUAGUAAAGUGGUUUGGGUUGGACUCAACAUAAGUGGGUGUUGCGUCUUGUAUUGUGAUUUUGUGGGGUUUCUCAAAAGUUUAGGUAGGUAUAGAUUUUUCCUCUCCUAAUAUUUCUCUCUGAUGGCGGAUUUUGCAUCUCCAAUCGCAACCUAUGAUUGCGAACAACAUGUGUUUGCCGCGGCUCAACAUAUUGUGAAGGCACUGGGGGCGAGUAAGAACCUAAAUGACGAUGUGAGAAGACUCCUCGCAGAUCUUGACACCCACUUGUCCACGAUGACCAUAAUUACUGAGACUGAAUCUCGGGGAACUAGAGAGUUGGAAGAGCAAUUGAAAUUUGCUCAGCAAAAGAUCAUGAGCUUGGAGUCAAAUCGAGCAAUGAUUUGGGCUUCGGGCCAUGAGGUAGCUUCAGAGUAUCUACAAGCAGUUUAUGAAAUUCACAGGUUAUCCGAAAGUUUAAGAAGUCUGCUUUCAAACAGGAGUGGGAAACAGAAGGAACUACUUGAGCAAGCCCAUAUUGUUUUGCAGAUAGCAAUGGAGAGGCUUGAGGAAGAGCUAAUCCUCAUUCUUGCUCAGAAUAAGCAGUCUUUUGAGCCCGAAAACAUGUCAUUUCGUUCGUGUGAGGAUGAUGUUGUGUAUGAAGAAUCGAUAGCUUCAAACGAGGAUGAUUUGAUUGAGGACACACCUCAGAGAGAUAGCAGCAGCACUGAACCUGAGGAACGUAUCAUUGAUUUGGUCCAUCCUGAAGUAAUUUCUUAUAUCAAAUCCAUUGCAGAUGUAAUGUUUGCUUCGCGCUAUGAUCAGGAAUUUUGCCAUGCUUUCAUUAACUUCUGGAAAGACGAGUUGGAUGAGUAUUUUGCUGUUCUUCGUUGCGACAAACUAAGCAUCGAGGAUUUGCUGAAGAUGGAGUGGAGAUGCUUGAACCGGAAGAUCAAGAAAUGGAUCCGGGCAAUGAAAUUCAUCAUUCGAGUUUGUCUAGCUAGUGAGAAACGGCUCUUUGGCCAAGUCUUGGGAGAAUUCGGAUCUGUCUGUUCAACUUGUUUUGUUGAAGCCACAAAGGGUGCAAUGUUGUGCCUCUUGAAUUUUGGUGAAGCCAUGGCCAUUAGUCCCCUUCGACCUGAAAAGUUGUUAAGCUUACUCGACAUGUACGAGGUUCUUGCUGAUCUUCUCCCCGAUAUUGAUUCUUUGUUCUCAGAAGAUGUUGGUUCUUUUGUUAGGACUGAGUUUCACGAGCUUCUGAUGAGAUUAGGUGGUACUGCAAGGGCAACAUUCAUGGAAUUUGGGAAUGCAGUUGCUUCAAACACAUCAACAAACCCUUUUCCUGGAGGUGGGAUUCACCAUCUCACCAAGUAUGUCAUGAACUACAUCCACCCAAUUUUUGAGUAUGCCAGUACCCUAAAUUUGCUUCUUGGGGUGCAAGUUGGGGAGGAGAUGGUGGAGCCAAUUGGUACAGUGGAUUGGCAAAACAUUUCUUUGAAGAGUUCUUGCCCUGUGGCUCGCCAUCUACGAUGGUUGACAUCGAAUCUGGAAUCAAGCCUCGACAACAAAUCAAGAUUGUACAAAGAUGGUUCAUUGAAACACAUUUUUAUGAUGAACAACAUUCAUUACAUGGUCCGAAAAGUUCAGGGCUCAGAACUUGCAAUAUUUUUUGGGGAUGAGUGGAUCCGGGAUUAUACUGGGAAAUUUCAGCAACAUGCAACAAGUUAUGAGAGAGUCACCUGGAAUCCAGUUCUGUGUCUGCUGAGGGAUGAUGGAAAUUUGGGGAAGUCGAUCCUUAGGGAGCGGUACAGAGGUUUUCAAGCUGCUUUCGAGGAGGUAUACAGGAAUCAGGCAGGGUGGUUCAUUCCUGAUCUUGAGCUCAGGAAAGAUUUACGAAUUUCGACUUCACAGAAAGUAAUCCCUGCCUACCGGGCCUUCUCCGCUAAAAGCUUCCCUGUCAUUGGCGACAAGUACAUUAAGUACAGUGCAGAUGAUCUGGAGGAUCAUAUCUUGAAUCUCUUUGAAGGUUCAUCAAUAUCAUUGCACAGUACCCGAAAGAGAUGACUUUGAAAGCUAUCCUACCAAGUUGUAGAAUUCUUCCUCGCUUCAUACUUUUCCUGGCUAAAUUCUUUCGUAAGUGUAAUUUAUCAUUGACAGAUGUAAAAGGGUAGUUCGAGUACACGAGACUCUCACCACUGCAGCAUCUGGGCAGAGUUAGAGAGACUAUUUCCGUAGUUUGAACCCUUGACGCACAAGUCGCAAUGUAGCAACCUUAUCAUUGGCAGAUGUAAAAAGGCAGUCUCAGUGCACAAGGUCUCCCGCUACUGCGAGAUUUGGGGAGGAUCGAAUGUGUGCAGUCUUACUCAAGCAUGCAAAGGGACUGUUUUCAUAGUUUGAAUACUUGAUGCCCAGGUCACAGUAGAAUAACCUUGUUAUUGAAAGGUGUGUUUGUAAAAUAUCAUAUUACUGUAAUUAUGGGCAAAAAUAUUCAAGGAUUGAAGUGUCGAUUCAGAUUAUGGGUUUUGUUACUGUUUUCUUUUCAUUUUGCAUAUGAAAUGUAUCGAAUUCUUGAUCCAAUUUUCAUCACAUUUUAUGAUUUA